AUGGUCCCAAACUAUUCUACCGAAGAAACCGUUAAAAGAAUCCACGUUGACUGUCCCGUUUCAGGAAGGCACAGUUACAUCUACAUUAUGGUUCCAACUGUUUACAGUAUCAUCUUCAUCAUAGGCAUAUUUGGGAACAGCCUAGUUGUUAUUGUCAUUUACUGCUACAUGAAACUGAAAACAGUGGCCAGCAUCUUUCUGCUAAACUUGGCACUUGCCGACUUGUGUUUUUUAAUAACUCUGCCACUGUGGGCCGCCUACACGGCCAUGGAGUACCAGUGGCCAUUUGGCAAUUGUUUAUGCAAGCUAGCAUCUGCAGGGAUAAGUUUCAACUUGUACGCCAGUGUGUUCCUACUCACAUGCCUUAGUAUUGACCGCUACCUGGCCAUAGUACAUCCAGUGAAGUCGCGAAUCCGGCGUACCAUGUUUGUUGCCAGAAUAACUUGCAUCGCCAUCUGGCUUCUUGCCGGUGUGGCCAGCUUGCCCGUCAUCAUUCACCGUAAUAUAUUCUUUGCUGAGAACUUGAACAUGACAGUCUGUGGUUUUCGGUAUGACAACAAUAAUACAACACUUCGGGUUGGGCUAGGCUUAUCCAAAAAUUUGCUGGGAUUUUUAAUUCCUUUUCUAAUCAUAUUAACAAGCUACACCUUAAUUUGGAAGACCCUAAAGAAGGCAUAUCAGAUUCAAAGAAAUAAGACCAGAAAUGAUGAUAUCUUUAAGAUGAUUGUGGCAAUAGUAUUUUUCUUUUUCUUUUCCUGGAUUCCUCAUCAAGUAUUCACUUUUCUUGAUGUAUUAAUUCAAUUACAUGUAAUAACAGACUGCAAAAUCACUGAUAUUGUGGAUACGGCUAUGCCCUUCACUAUUUGCAUUGCUUACUUUAACAACUGUUUGAAUCCCUUUUUUUAUGUUUUCUUUGGAAAAAAUUUUAAAAAAUACUUUCUUCAGCUAAUAAAAUACAUUCCACCAAAUGUCAGCACGCAUCCCAGUCUAACAACGAAGAUGAGCUCCCUCUCUUACAGACCACCAGAAAAUAUCCGCUUGCCCACUAAAAAGACUGCUGGGUCUCUCGAAACCAAGUGA